AUGGCUACAGCACCAGCCACUGAUGAACAAGAUUUACGUGAGUAUACAAAAUAUCAAAUUUAGCUUUGUUAUUCUAGCACAGUUGGCAGCCUUGGCAAAAUUGCAGUUGGCAAAAUUGCCCUUGCAAAUAGGCACCAUUUGAUAUCUUGAUAAGUAGUUCCCUAUAAUUAUAAAUUACCUUAUAGGCAAAUCUCAAGAGCGUAUAAACUGUCAGACGGUAUUUGCUUGUUCACACAAAUAUCAAAAUGAUUGCCUUGUAUUUUUAGCUUUGCUAACGAAAUCAACUAUUUUAACGGAUGUUUAUCAAUAUGUUAAGCACCCUAAAUAUUUCAUCGAUGAAGUAAAAAAUAGCUUAAUGCAGAACAAAGCGAUCAGUGUAAACCGUUCUACUGACCAAGUAUUAAAAGAAUAUUUAGUUCGAAAUUUAGUUUAUAUGUCUUAGUCUAGGAAGAAUGGUUUAUAUGUUGUCAUGCAUAUGUCGUUUAAUAAUAGUUUGGGUUGGUCAUGUGAGUAUUCGAGAUAUAGUCAAGAGUUAAAACAACAAAUAAUAAUAUAGCUUCGAUAAUAUAGCGGUAAUAUAGCUUUGGUUUUACUAGUAGUCCUUAAUAUAUAGUUGUGUUUUUGUCAUACAUAACGUUUGUAUGAAAUAAACAAUUCUAACAAUGACUCCAAUGUAACAAAUUAUCCUUUUAAUAGCUAAAUUGUGCAUUUCUUCACCAAAUAACCGCUGUGGAAAGUGGCUUCGUAUUAUGCCCAUUAUAAUUGCCUAUAUUAUAUCUCAAAGCAAAUUUGCUGUUGCCAAACAACUGUUUAGAUGCGUGGGUUAUACAUUGUAAGUUUUAAUUUAGUCCAUGUUCCCAAGCAGAAACAAAAAAAACACGGCAUGAAGCCAGUUGACUUCUUAAUAUGUAAAUUACCUAAUACAACAUUCCUUCAUACGUUUAACUGAAGUUGUCGUGGAUUGUGAAGAGCGUCUGAUAUUUUACUGUGCUAGAACAAACCUCUGUUAAAAUAUAUUGUAUAUUCGUUGUUGAUUGGAUUAAUGUAAACUGUUACAUUGUCAAUAAUCUAAGAUUUUACAGCAGGAAGCUUGCUUGGUAAGUUUCAUUAGUUUUACACCAAGUGUUGUAUAUUACGUACAGUGUUCAUACUCAUUGUUCUUGUUUGGUAUUGUACUGGAUAAGCAUUUAUUUCUUUGGAAAGCAUUGUACAAAGUUAAAGAACAGUCUAAAGUCUGCUUCUUUUCCAUCUGAUAGAGAAUAUUUAGCAAAGGCCCAAUAUUCAGUCAACCAUGCAUUCCAACAUAAACUGCUCCUCUUAAAUUAAAGCACAAAUAUUUACCUGUAUAUACAUACAUUACUUAUUCAUUCUUCCAAGUUUUAAAUUUAGAGGAUAAAUUUGGCUUGAUAUGUUGUAUUAUGGACAACUAAAUAUAAGUCAAUUUUCCUACAAUCAAUUUAAUCAUUUCAAUGGCAUAUGACUGUUCAAUUUUGACAUUUGUUAUAAUUUUAUAAGCUUUCUCUUACACAUCUGAAUGAAAUUGACUUACUGGUAAACUACCAAACGGCAAAUGUAUUGUAAGAGAAUAUAUGUUCACAAGGUCUCUCACACUGUGUUUGUUUACAAGGUGAAGCACACAUAUUUUGUAUGCAUGAGUGCAGAGCACAUUGUAAGAAUUAUCUAGAAUAUUAGAUGUAAUGUAAAAGUUUACAACAUAUGGAGUAUGAUAAAAUGAUAAAUUCAAUACAAUAAUUAGCAACAUACACAAAAUACAACACCAUUACAGUAAUUAGUGGUGAAUGAUGAACAAGAUUUUGUUGGUAGGGAUGAAACUACCUGAAAAUAUAUACGGAGAAUUUCGAGCGAAGGCCCUUUGCUCGAAACGAAGGGCCUUCACUCGAAAUAUCAAAAUUCUCCUUAUAUAUUUUCAGGUAGUUGUAUCCCUACCAAUGAAAGCUUGUUCAUUUUAUUGGCACGAUCUAGACUGACAAAGACAGUUGAAGAUUAUUGGUGAUGGUUGAGUAACAAUAAAAUAAUUGUUUACAGUGAUUGUAUGCAAAAACAGUUGCAGUGUGAGAGAGAUAGUUGUAUCUCUCUCACACUGCAGCUGUUAUCAUCGCUACCUACACUGGCACUGACUGUUAGUAAUUGUAUGUGUAUGUGUAUGUUGGUGAUUUUUAUUGCAACCAAAGAUUGAGCACAGAUUGUGUGUUACCCUUAAUGUUCAUGGCCUCAUGGGGAUGUGCUGGAUCUACAUACUUGCAUCUGAUCAUGCAAAUAUGUUUUUUAAUUCACUUAAAAAUGCUUAAAUGCUUAAAAAUAUGCAUGCAGACAUUAAAAUAUAGAGUCAUAAAAUAUAGACAUUAACCCAUUAAGCUGCAGAGCUUCCCCAUUGACAAGUAAAAUCGUCUGGUGUUAGACAAGUAAAAAAAUAAGUAGGGCACACUGGUGCGCAUUGCAGCUCAAUGGCACAGGGUUAGCGUGGGUAAAUAAAGUUUUUCUAUCUAUCUAUAGACAUUGUCAGAUUUUUUGAUUAACCAUUAAGCUACAGAGCUUCUCCACUGACGAGUAAAAUCGUCUGGCGUUAGACAAGUAAAAAUAAGUGGGGCGCAUUGCGGCUCAAUGGGUUAAUUUGGCAAAAUUUGGCAAAAAUUUGUUAAUUUGGCAAAAUUUCCUACUGAAAUUUUAUUUCCCUGUAAGAAUUCAUAUUGGACAGAUUCUAUAAUAAUUAAUUCCUAAUAUUAAGGAAUUCCAAAUAAUAUGAUAUUUUCAUAUGCAUGCACCUGUGUGUAUAUGACUGACAUGCAAUGACCAUAUUUGGUGUCACAUGGAAAAUGUUGUCAUAAUUAAAUAUUUGAAGAUUUUAAUUUGUUUGCAUGAGCUGCUGUGAGUUGAAUAAAUGUUCAUGUUGAGGUAACUGAUAAUUUCUUAUUCACUUGCAAAUUAUGUAAUAAUUUGAAUGUUUUGAAACAAACAUGUAUAGUUAAUUGUUUAUUAACCCAUUGAGUGCCAGCAUUCUUUCCUUGAUGAGUAAAAUUGUCUUGUGUUAGACAGAAUAAAAUUAUAAUAAACUAUAGUUGGGACAUUAGGGCAACUUAAUGGUUAAAAUAUUUUACUAAAUUCGUCAAAUUUUUGUAACAUCAUUUCAUUGCUUCUUUACUACAAAUACUGAUUAUAUAUAAUGAUAAUAUUAGUUGGUAUGUAUUGUACAAACUUGUAAACUAGAGGUCUCCAUCAAAAGCCAAUAUAGGUUAUGUAUCAGUCAAUUCCAGCAGUGCUCAUCCCCAGGCCACCCCCAGGGUAUGUCCCCACCCCAGGGAAGGAAGACCUGUGCUAAAGCCCAACCCCUGGGCAAAAAAUUGGGUCUAUAUCCCAACCCCUGGCUGGGCAAUAAUAUUGACUGUUUAGUACAUGUUGAUUUGCAUAUUGUAAUUCUAUGGACAAUAUAAAUGCAAAGUAGAAAAUAGAAGUUCUACAACAAGAAUAAAAAUGCUUUUAUAUUAAUGCAACAGUAUAAAUUCUUAACCCUAACUUCAGUGCAUCUAGCUAGACCUAUUAUAUUAAUGUCACCCUUUGAAAAUAUUAUCUUUACUUAUUGUCAAUUUCAAGUCACUUUUCAACGUGCGGUUCCAAAGUUUGUUGCCAAUUGUGUUUCCAUGUUCAAAAAUUGGGUGUGAACUUCACAACAAAGUUCACAUUGUAGAUUUCAAUGUUUGAACUAUUGUAAACAAAUGUUCAUAGUUCAAGUUGAAAUUAACAUCGUUAAUACAAUUCAAUGGAAAGUUCUUGGUCUGGUGGGCUACCAAGAAGGUUUGUAUUUUAUUGAAUUGGUUAUAAAUUAUUGAGUAUGAACAUUUGUUUAUAAACGAAGAUCUAUUUCGCGCCCAAUUUCUGAACUUGGAAUGUGAAUUGAAAUCGACAAUAAGUCAGGUUUUGUAUGUUGCUGAUGGUCGACGAUGCACUCAUAGAUCAUUGUGAUCAUUGUUCGUUGAAGGAGAAAACUAUUUCAUGUAGACAAAGGAUUUUACUCAUCAACAGGGCUGCCAACUCUCCCGGAUUAUCCGGGAGUCUCAAGAUUUUGGACCUAAUCUCCCAGUCUCCAGAUUUUGUCUUAAUUCUCCCGGAUUAGGAUAAUCACCAACGUCGAUUUAUGCACUAGCCAUUUGAUUCUUCGUUGUCAAAGGUUUUAACAAUAAAAAUUAUUUGUGUUGCACAUUCGUUUUGCUGGUAAAAUAAAAUUCUUUCGUUGCUGCCUGCGUUGCUUUUAAUCAGCGGUUGAAUGGCACCAUUUUCCGUAAACACUUCAUCUUACAGGGAUUUUUUAACCCGUAUUGACGCCAUUAAAGAUGUCGAUAUUUUAUUAAACUAGUACAUAAUAUUGUGAAACUUGAAAUCAACAGUUAUUUGUGUUCAGGGACGCCGGAACUGGGGGGGGGGCAGGGGGGCUGCCCCCCCCCUGCCUUUUGCUAGGGGGGGGGCAGAAGUGUCCUUUUAGUUUUAAAAUAGUACGCGAUAAAUCACAUUUCCAACGAUGCUUUUUGUAGGAAAAUCAUGCAAUUCAGGCAAUUUAUAGUUAAUAUUUGUAUGUCCGGAAAAAUUUUUGACCCCUAAAAUGGUACACUGGCCGAAAUUUUUUUGGCGACGUGGGUAGGGGGGACGUUGCCAAAAAAAAAAUGCAUAUCAAUUCUCCAGAUUUGAAAACUUCCAGGGUUGGCAGCCCUGCAUCAAUGCAUGAUCAAAGACAAUGGUAAUAAAGAGCAUUGUCGACGAUCGUCAACAUAUAAAAACCAGGUAUACUUCAGUACCAUUAUAAACUACGUACAUGAUAGAAAUGUACAAACAAGAAUAUCAAGGAUUAUUGAAAAGUUUAUGAGCCAUGAUGGAAAGCAUCGAAGUCCCCACCCCCAAGCCAAAAAAGUUUGGCAAUAUCCCCCCCCCCCUGGAUUAGGAAAAACUGCAAAGGCCAGAGGGGAUGGGCACUAGCUGCUGGAAUUGACUGAUACAUUGUACAUAUGAAAAAAUCUUGCAUAUUUCUGUACUGGCCGGAGGAAUUUGAGAUUAGAGAUGGUCUAAAAUUGACCUUGUAACCACCAAAGCUACCAGUUGGUAUUCAUGAAUGACUUUCAAUUCAUUACACUGUUACAAUAGUACACUUUAGUAAUGCUUCUCACCUGCUUAAUUCUAACCUUUUUCUAACUUGUGGUACUCCUAUAAUUAUAUGAAUUAUUGAAUGUUAAGCCAUCAUCUUGCCAAUCUCUGGGCGCAUUGCCAGUUAAUGAGUUAAGUCCUGCAAGACGGCCAAAACGACCAGCUACUUGCCUAUCUGUGGCCGCCAACUUUUGUCCCAACAAAAUUAAUUAUAUAAACAAAACUGAGCAAUAAACAGUAAAAUACUUUCUACUUUUCAUCUCUUCUACUUCAGAGUAUCAAAAUUGAAACAUUAAAAGAUUCAAUGAUUGAAAAAUGGUCACACUUAAUUAGUCGUGAACAGUACCAUUUUUUGUGCAUUUUAUGGCUACUCUGAAGAUUACUCGGCAUAGAUCAGGGUAUUUAGAUAUGAGGGGCAUGCACCAAAGGUAUACCAGCGGGGACCCUUAUUUUUAGGAUUGAAAAAAGCAUGGAACUCAUUAAAGAAAAAAGAUUAUAAAAUUUAUUCAUUGACCAAAUAUUUGAACAGCUAGUUCAUAUUACUUAUUUAAUGGACCAUUCCCCAAUUAACCAAAAUUUUGAACUCAACAAGUCUAGACAAAAAUUUCAUCACAGCUUGAAAGAGCAUCACAAAAUUAGUAAUAUUCCAAAGUUUCGUUGCAAAAUGUUGUAAAAUGCGGAUAAUAUGGCCUUCCGAAGUUUGCAAUUUUCAGUCAUUUUAGAUUACAAACGGGAAAUGGUUACCAUGCACAUCUUUUCGUAAUACAAAAUGACUGAAAAUUACAAACUUCGCAAGGCUAUAUUAUCCGCAUUUUACAACAUUUUGCAACGAAACUUUGGAAUAUUACUAAUUUUGUGAUUGCUCUUUCAAGUUGUGAUGAAAUUUUUGUUUAGGCUAGUUAAGAUCAAAAUUUUGGAAAAGUGGUAACCAUUUCCCGUUUGUAAUCUAAAAUGACUGAAAAUUGCAAACUUCGCAAGGCUAUAUAUUAUCCGCAUUUUACAACAUUUCGCAACGAAACUUUGGAAUAUUACUAAUUUUGUGAUGCUCUUUCAUGCUAUGAUGGAUUUUGUCUAGACUUGUUGAGAUCAAAAUUUUGGUUAAUUGGGGAAUGGUCCAUUACCUAGGCAUACUAUCAUAGACAUAUUAUUCAUCUUUUGAAGGUUGACAGAGUACAAAGCAACAUCUAACCGUAAACGAUUUAAUAAGCUCUGUUCAGUGCCAACAGGAAAUAUCCCCCCCCCAAAAAAAAAUAUAUGCCCCCUGGGCCAAAUUGCCUAGGAAUAUGGACUGUGUGGGAGGGGCAAAUUUAACGGGCGGGCCAAAGUUCUUGGGAUAUCGAUUCUGGCCAGAACUUCCUAGUGAACUUUUUUUGGAUCCUGGCCUUAAAAUAUUGGUUCUGGUGCACUGCUAUAGUUUGUUUAGUCUUAGAAGUCGAGGCCAUAAUUUUGACACAAUUUCAACAGGUUACAGUCUACCACCUGUUUCUACUGUCUGAUUGCAUAAAACCUGCAGAUUGAUAUUAUAUUGAAAAUUCCUGAUAUUUUCAUUCAAGCAGCCAAGAAACCACGACGGUCUGUGAUCCGCAGUUUGAGCUGGAAACGUGCAAGUAAGAGAACCAAGAUGGAUGAGAGUGAGCAAGAACGUGUUUUUUCAGCAAGUGUUGAUGCAAGCAUCGACGGAAGAAGUUUUAAUACAACAGCAAGUUCUGCACAUGGUAUGUCUGAUGAAGAUGCAGAAGAUACUAUAUUUGACAGCAGUACAGCGUCAAGUUCUAAGAAACGUAAAAAGGCUGGCGUUUGGAAAACUGUGAAAAGAUUUUUCUCCAGGAAAAGUAGCAAAGGAUCUCGAAGUCAACCACAGAGAAGUGUGUCAGAUCCGAACCUUAUACAAAGACCUAGUGAGAGGCCAGAUGUAGCACCAUUAGAACAAGUUGAUGAAACACCAAUGGACACCCAUAGUCCUCCAAAGAAAGCAAUGAGUGUAAGUUCCAUGUUCAGUAAUACACCCUUCUGGAAAGUGCUUAACCUUGGCUAUAGAGCCUCGUUUUCGGGAUUGAGAUAUCAGCUUCAGGCCUUUUAUCUUGUUACCGAUAAUUUAAUUAUAUAAACACUAGUUACCUAAUAGACCUGUAUCAUUUCAUAAAUGUGUCAACUGCAACAAGAUAAACGGCUCUAAAUGCAAUAACGAGACUCAAUAGCCAAGGCUACUGUAAGUACUUUCCGGAAGGGUGUAUUGUUUUCAAAUUUAGUGUUUUCUAAUAUAAUUACUGCUUGCCCAGAUAUUGCUGUGGACUACAAAAUAGAUACAUUAUGCCAAAUUAUGCCUUACAUGUAAACGGUUGCUUCGAAUAUACGAUUGUAAAUUAAGCUUGUCAACAUAGUGGUACAAAAGGGAAAAAGAAGAACAAUACCAGAGACUUACAGUAUGUCAUAUACCAACAAAGAAAAAAAUUAUAAAAUAAUAAAAUUAGUGGAAAAUGAGCUAGCUAGGCAACAAUGCCUAAGAAACAAAAUUAACCAAAAUUGCCCCUUAUUCAGUUAAUUAUAUAUAUUCACCUGAUAACCCUCUUUGAGUUGGCAAAGGAACGUGCAACCCAGUGCAGAUCGCCUAAGUUGCCUAAGUGGCGCAGUCGCGUCAGAGCAAGUGCCUUUCACCUCUAAGUUCGUGGGUCCGAUUCUCGCUACGGACUCAUGUGAAAAGAGUCUGUCAACGCUCUGCCGAAAGUCGUGGGUUUUCUUCGGGUGCUCCAGUUUCCUCCCACAGGGAAAGUUGACAGGGCGGGUUAGGAUAAACACAGUUAAGAAAGUAAUAUCAUAUUUGUUGCAAAGAUAAAAUAGUCCAGGCUAGGUAUGUAAUUAGGUAAGCGUAAGACUUGAUGUAAAGCGCAGUUGAUCAUAUGCACGUGUAAAUUUGCGCUGUAGAAAUGUUAAUCGUUUUAAAAACCGCGAUUAUUCGUACUUAUCUUUAAGACUGCAUGCGAUAUUUUAUUUCGUAUGCAUUUUGGGAAAUAUGCAUAGGGGGUAAUAGUGACAUCCAUACUAUGAAAUUUGCAAUUGCAUCAAUCCAUAGUAUAUUCAAACUAUUUCCAUACCGGCCGAUUUACACUACACAACUUUUGCCUAAAACUGUAGCGGCGGUCGCAUGCAACCUGCUUACUACUUGGAUUGUACUGUGUAAAUCACAACUCGCUUACAUUGUCGUAGGUGAUUGAUUCACAGAGCACAACUCAAGUUGUAAGUAGGUUGCAUGCGACAGUUUUAAGCCUGGUUCACACUGGUCGUAAUUCAUCGGCGAUCUAUUGUAUUCUUUUCCGACAGACAAAGCAUUUUACACACCAAUGACUUCAAGCAAUGGAAAUCCCCGAUUCUUACGACCAGUGUGAACCAGACACUGGUCGUAAGAAUCGGGGAUUUCCAUUGUCUGUGGUCGUUGGUGUGUAAAAUGCUUUGUCUGUUGGAAAAUAAUACAAUAGAGGCCUGGUUCACACUGGUCGUAAGAAUCGGGGAUUUCCAUUGUUCUGUGGUCACUGGUGUGUAAAAUGCUUUGUCUGUCGGAAAAGAAUACAAUAGAUCGCCGACGAAUUACGACCAGUGUGAACCAGGCUUUAGGCAAAAGUUGUGCAGUGUAAAUCGGCCAAACCAUAACCAUAACCAUAGUAUAGAAAUUGCAAUUUGUAUGAAAAUUGGAUUUCCAUACUAUUUCCAACGAAUAUCCAUACUAUUUCCAUAGUAAGGAUUUUGAAAAGAAUUUCCAGUGAUGUUUACAUAAUUAUGAGACUGGGUUGUAUGAAAUACGCUACAUUCAAUUGUUCUGUUGGUCAUGUCGUGAGUGUGUGUUGCUGUAGUACAGUACUGUUGAUCCUCUUAACUUGCUAUGUUUCAUUAUUUUUUGUAUAGCAUGAUAGUUUGUUGUCAGAACUCCGUUCAAAACAGAGAGACGAUGUUGAUAAUGAAGACGGAACAUCUCCAAUAACACAAGUAUCUGUUGUUGUGCAGUCUUCAGGUGAGAUUGUACUUUAAAUCAUUUCAUACUGUAGAUGCCAAUUUAAAAAUCGCUUCAUACUGUAGAUGCCAGAAGCUUCCUUUCGUUUUGGAUUAAGUUGAAGGAAUAGACCAUUCAGGAAAGUACUUAGCUUUUGGGAUAUCGGCUUUAGAGCCCUUUAUCUUGUUACUGAUGUCCUAAUAAUAUAAAGGUCUUUUUUAUAAUUUAAUGUAACUGUAUGAUUUCGUAAAUGUGUCCAUCUGUAACAAGAUUAAGGGCUCUAAACCCGAUAUCAAAUGUCAUGAAAACAAGGUUCUAUAGCCAAGGCUGAAUAUUUUCUGGAAGGCGUAUUGAGCCGAUUUACUCUGUAGUCACGAGACCUUUCUAAUUAAACUUAUAACAAAAAUGUGAUGUAGCUAAUGCGCAAUAUGUAAAUGCUCAAUGAAAUGUUCCUAGUUUCAUCUGAAUUAGUUGCAAAUUUUCGACGUGAUUCUCGUUAUUACUUUCUCAAGUUUCAGGAAUAAAUUUGUCUUUUUUUCUCAACAAUAAACCUUUUUAUUGCAGAUAUUGACUGGCGAGCGUCUCCAAGUUCUACUCCUGAGAGACUGCUUCCUGGUCUUAAUGUGUCGCAUGACAAAAUAAGAGUUGCACCCCGCCACAGGAGGGCCCCCACACGCAAGGGUGUAGCUUCAGUGCGUCACGGUGGACAUGAUAUCACUGAUGGUAACGUUAUACCACGAAGCAGGUCUGUUGGUGCGCGUAUCCAAGGUAAUGUACUUGUGGAACAAUCUGAAGUACAGCCCAAUGUAGAAGAGCUGAAACAAGAAAGAGAAAAUCUAAGAAAAAGAAUGGAAGACGAACAAAGACAACGCCAACCAGAACAAGAAGAGGCGAAACAGAAGCAACUAGAAGAUGAAAAGCAGAAACUUGAACAGCAAAAGCUUGAACAGCAAAAACGCGAACAAGAAAAGUUAGAGGAAGAAACGUUAGAGCAAGAAAGACUUGAAAAACAAAAGCUUGAAGAGGAAAAACGUCAAAAAGAAAAAUUGGAAAAGGAAAGACUGGAACAGGAAAAACUGGAAAAGCAAAGACUUGAACAGGAAAAGCAAGAAAGACUGGAAAAAGAAAAACUUGAACAAGAGAAACUAGAAAAGCUAAAACUUGAACAGGAAAAACUUGACCAACAAAAACGUGAACAGGAAAAACUUAAACACGAAAGACUUGUGGAAGAAAAUCGUCGGCAACAAGAGAACAACAAAUUAAAUCAAUACAAUAUCCGACAAACAACAGAUUUUAGUGAUUUAGCAGAAAGCCUGCGAUCGUCUGCUAAUUCCAAGGAGACGUACAGUGUGGAAACAACCGAAGUUGAAAUGAAAGAAACAACUUCAGAACAGAAACACGACACAUCGAGAGAUAUCAGUGAAAUACGUGGUGUCGCUCUGUAUCAGAAUAUUGAUAUCGAUAAUGUUAAAACUGAGGAUUCUCAUGCCGUACUGGAUAUUGAAAUAAAUACUGAUGAUCGGCAAACUACGAAUGACUUUGCUGUUUCUCCUUUGUUAGCAGCAGAGGGAGUAACUGCGUCAACAAACCAAGAAAUUCGUGGGACAAACCAAGAAAUUCGUGGGACAAACGAAGUGACCGUUGUAGAACAAUCGGGAGAAUUUCAACCAAUGUCGAUUUCUGAAGAAGAUGUUCAUUCAGAAAAUAUUACAAGUAAACAUCCCGAAACUGUAAAAGUACCUGCAGUUGUUGGUGAAAAAAUAAGCGAAGACAACACAGUUGUAACUGUUGAGAAAGAAGAAAGCCCUCCAUCAAGCCUUCCAUCAAGCCCUUCUUCAUGUUCAACUCCACGUUCUCCUGUACGAAGCAAAAGACUUAUCAUUGAAACCCCUGAGAAAGUUUACCAAAAACCGAUCAUGCCAGAAGUACGAACCGAAGAAGUUGAAACCAAGAAAGAGAAAUCGGACGGUCGUAGAGGUAUCCAGCGUAAUCGUCCACAAAGCAUGCACAGUCGAAUAAGACCUGUAGUAGAGGAAAAGAAUCGGACACAGGACGACUCGAAUCUUGGAGUUGCCAAGUUGAAACAGGCGUUUGAACGUUCGUCUAGGUCUCAAACUAUCUCGUAUGAUCGAAGGAAGAAACCGGAGGUCCUACCCAAACCAAAACCACCAUCGAAGCCUAAACAAUCCCAGAGUCUCGAGAGAAAUUAUCGUUUUCCCGUCACGGCAAGUAAACCACAUGAAAUGGAGAAAUCUGUACAAAAGAGCCCGAAGAAACAAAAUGAUGAUGUUGUUGUUGUACUAGAUGAAGUUCCAAAUAAAGUAGUGGAAAAGAAGGCAAGUGUUUCGUCAAGUCUAACAAAGAAAGCACCUGGACUCAAGCCAAAACCUUUGCCUAAACCACAACCUAAAAUAAAACCAAAUACAACCACCAAAACAGCUGAUGAAGGGAAAGAAAAUAUAAAGGUAUGUGUAAAAAAAGCUAGAAAAAUUAUAUAAUUAAGUCGAAAACCAUGACAGAUAAAGAAUUGAUGUAUGUGGUUUAGAAGUUAUUGUUCUUUGUUCACGAAUUCUCCGCAAAACGCAUAUUUAUUAUAAUUCAAAGACCCUGAUGGAAGAAGUUAACGGCGAAACAACAUUUAAAGGAUAUUCAUUCCCGUUUGUAAUAAACGACCUUUCAAUGAUCUAAAAUUGUCUGAUACAAAUCAUUUCACGUGAGAAACCCCCGCCUAAAGAAUUAUGGACAUUUUAAACAGCAGAGCCGUAUCUUGUUGGUGGUCAAUAAGUAUUAUUUAUUUACUGAGACCGAGGGAAACGGCGUGUUUUGUGGUGCCGAGACUGCCGUGGGGGGCACAAAACAAGCCGUUUUCCUGAGGUCUCAGUAAAUAAGUGUUUUAUCAUAUAGCAAGUGUCAAAGUCUUAAUAAUGUACCUGGUAUUCCGUCUUUAUCUCUUAAUAAUAGAUUAAAAUCUUCUUCUGAACGACUUGCAAACCGACCGUCAGACGUGGGUAGCUCGCGCCUCACUUCCGGUUUUAUUACUGACCGGUCAGUAAUUGUUUCAUUGUUGACCACUUGCCCCCUCACCAAAGCAUGCAGUGAACAUGACGUUUUGUGGACCGGCACGUGAUACGGUUUUCUAUAUAAUAAUUGCUACAUAAUAAUUUCAAUUGACACUGUAAAGCCGGUUUUCCAUUCGCGGAAUUUUGCGCGUGGAGCAGAAUUUUUCUUUGUCUUUUCUAAUUAGUUCCACCCGAGAAAUCACAAGGCAAAGAAAAAUACCGCUCCGCGCGCAAAAUUCCGCCCAAUGGAAAAACGGCCUUUAAUCAGGGAUAGAUCCACCCAAAUCUGGUCGGGGUGGACGUGUGUGAUCAUAGACCGUUGACCAUAGACCGUUGACUUAUUUUUGUUUUUAUAAUUGCCUUUCCAAUUCAAAAAAGAUGGAUUUGAUAAUUAAGGAAACUGGCAACCCCGUUAGCGCUCCUUUGCCAAGGCUAGGAAGGAUGUGCGCACCGCCGCCCCUCCCCUGUAAAUCCAUCUCUGACUGUAAUGUUCGUUUUGAUAGAAAACACCCAAUGCUCCAUCAGUGUCGAAUGGCAGUGUCAAGAUGACGGAUUCGACAGAUGGGCAUACUGAAGAAGGAUCUAAAGAUGUACAAUCUGAUCUACCAUCAUUCUUGGCAAGAAGAAGUAUUUUCUCUCCGGAGCAGAAAACUAAUAACUCCACGCCGUCACAAGAAGAGAAGCCAAAGGUAAAACAUUCGCCAUUUAUCCACCUCAAGACAGAUACUUGUGCUGUAUGUGGUUCCAAAGUUUAUCAAAUGGAGAAGUUCAAAGUGAAAGAUAAUAUCGUUCAUAGAAGUUGCAUCAAGUGUUCAGUGUGUAAACGUCUUCUGUCAGUUGGAAACUUUAUUAUGUCACAGAAUAAGAUAUAUUGUAAACCACAUGAACCGCAUGUCGCUAUUUCCUUACCUACCGUUUAACCAUGAAAAUACCACUUUAAUUACACAUGUUGGGGAAACACUCAAAACCAAGAAAACAUUAUUUUUGUAUAUAACAGUGUCGUCACAUUACAUUGGAUGUCGGUUUAUUGAUUUAACCUUGUAAUAAGUUGUAUAAUAAUCAGUCAAUAAUUUAUACAGGGUAUUUGAUCUACUACGUUACAUACCCUCCAUUAGCAAAGGGUUGCAAGUUACUUAACGAUGUCAAUCCCAGUCAUUUUCAAUUGGAUAAGAAAAUAAAAUGCAGACAAGCCUGUCAUCUCCCAAAUAUCAGGGGUUGGGCAGAGUAGUGUUGUGCAGGGAGGGUAAACCUACAUUUACACAUAAAGAUUAAUCGGGCCGAUUUCUGGUUUUGCCGAAUGUUAAUGACGAAUGUUGUCAAUUGACGACGUCAGAUGACGAUGACAGCGUACGUGUUUUUCAAAUAUAAUUUAAUUAAAGCUGAAUCGGCCUGAUUAAUCGUUGUGUGUAAACGUACCUCAACGCGAAGCCCUGUUAACCAUAUUUCAACAUAAUUUUGAACUAGACCAAACCAUUCUCGCCUUAUGGUAAAAUUAUCAAUAUUAUAAUUAUCAUAUUGAUUGUUUCCAUAAAUCGUGGUUCGUAGUUCCCAUGGAAACCAAGUUUGUCAUAUGUUAAGUACACUUGCUUGCAAUGUGUUCAUUGUAAACUGGAGUAGACCUAAUCAACUAACGCGUAAACAUGAAAAGCAUCAGUUUUGCAAAGGAUAUUAUUAAUUUUAGUAAAUGAUAUCUACUUCAGAUUAUCAUAGACUGAGCAAGCUGUGCACAAUGCAGUUAAACCUGCUGAUAUUGUAGUGUGUAAACAAAAAUGCGUUAGGUAAUUAGGUCUAUUACUGGAGGAUAAUGGUAUAAAGAGUAAAGUAUUAAGUAUAUGGAUUGAUAUUUAGUGCAUGCUGAGGCUUUUUGUUCUUUUAAAAAGGCCAAUGGAAAAUUGCUUUGCAUCAGAAGGUUAUGGUUUGUUUGAGACUUUAAUGAAACAAAGUGGCAUGCGCAUCAUUGUCCACCAUAUUACACCUAAUUUGAAAGCACAAAAAACUCUGCGGGGACUAAAUUUCAAAGGCUGGUCGUUUAAAGCCGUGUUACACUACAAGCCUUGGCCAGCUUCACUGAUUGGCUGACUCGUUUAAUCAACCAAUCAGCAUAAUCCAACUAGGCCAAAACAGGCCUAGUGUAAACACAGCUUGAAGGGAAUGUCAAUAAAGGUAUUAAGUGUCUCAUUUGAAAUGAUGUAGGAAGACCUUUACCAUUUUGACCAGAAACAACGUGUAUUCCGCCAUCAUGCUUUUUUAUACUUAACUGGGGUUUUGAUGACGUCAUAACAAGGAUAUACUGUUAAAAUUACCAUGUGAUAAGUUUUUUAAUAUUCUGUUAUUAACCAGUUCGAAACCAUUUCCAACUGGUUAAUAACAGAAUAUUAAAAAACUUAUCACAUGGUAAUUUUAACAGUAUAUAUUUUAACAGAUAAAAAUCGACUUCAUGAUGAAAUCGUCGCCAAACGCACCCUGGCGUCGUGCAUAAUGAAGCAUGGGCACAGAAUAAGGCAUGGGCCAAGAUGGCGGCAUGCAUGCUGUUUUAGUCGAAAUAUUGUGAAAAACAAUAAUGGUUUAGAAAACUUGUAAAAUGGUCGUCAUAUAUCAUUUUAAAAGUUCUUUCAAAUGAGAAAAACUUAAUAUUUUAUUGCCAUUUUGAAACAUGCAUGCACAUAUUCAUCAUUAAUCAUUAUUGCAUCAUUAAACAUAUUCUGGUUUGCACCGGUUGUAUUUGAUAAAUGUUGUAUUCUCCAUCUAAUUCAGGCAAGUCGAUCUUUCCCUCUCAAGGUAAAAACGUAAGCACUUACAUUCUUAAAACUAGGAAAUAACGCUCGUAAAUAACGUAAAUAAUGCUCGUAAAUAACGUAACCGCGCUUGUACAUACAACGCACUGUACCACAGUGUAAUUCGGGUGCCUAUCGAUGGUAUCGUAACCAUUUUAGAACAGCUGUUUGGGAUGAUGCAAUCAACAUGCAUGUCUUGCAUGUCCUUUGUGUGAAUUGGUAAACUGGCAAAUGUCAACCAUGUUGGGUUUCCCCCCAAAUAUCAGAAAGCUUGAUUAGAGUUCGUCGGCGUGCCUGGCUGGCGUGCAAAUUACCAAUCUUAUCAGGGGCGUCAAUCAUGAGGGAGAUGGGGGACGCACUCACGACUAUUUGGGACGGGGAUAAAGAAAUUAUUUCCCUCUACUUUUAGCUAUAUUUUGCUUUCCCAAGUGGUUCAAUACCCAUCCAAGGUUAAGGACGCCAUCUUGAAUCUAUUGUUUUCACCAUUGUGUUUGCACCCCUGCAAAUUUACCUAUAGGGAAUUCCAUUGUGUUUGCAGCCCUUGCACUAUUGUGUUUCAUUGAUGGCGUCUUCAACCUUGGAAGCGUCUAUUCUCUUACCAGUCUUUUGUAAGCCACAUGGGAUUUCAACGUCCAUCACUCGGUGUAUUCGCUGCUGGCCUAUAGGUAUACCAAAAAUCGGACUAAAUCGAAUAUAGAGUCUUUAACUUCUGUGUUGUUAUUGAGUAAAACAUUUCACUUUCACUAAAUUUUGACUGAGACCUGUAGCAGCGUCAAUUAGUCUUUCACAUUCAGAUAUAAGAGAUUAUUCUGCAACCAAUUGUUCAUAUUUAGCUCCAAAUUUAGAGUUUUCAGAAAAAAGAGAACCUUAUCGUACGCAUACAUCAAAAUACUGCAACGUACAGUACAAUCCAGUAGCUCAUUUUAUGAAAAGAACAAACGAUAGCGGGCCUAGUGUAGAUCCCUGAGGUACACCGCUGAUCAUCUUACAAAAAUCAGACGACUUGAAGAUAAUCUCUAAAUCACAAACAUUCCUUAUAUCGUGGCAGUCAUAGACUCGGAUAAGCGAUACCGAUAAAGGAAAAUGUCGCUUGGCGCGAACAAAUUCCUAAUGGAAAACCAGCGACUAUGAACCAUUUUUGACUCACAGAUGUUGCGAAGCAACGGGUAAAUAGAAGAAAUACAUCACCUAUACAGUCGCGCGAAAAUACAAAGUCAAUCUUAAGACGAUAAAUAAAAGAUAGAAUUAUAUUUACGAGUAUUUCUAGUAUUUCAUUCAGGCGAAAACACCUCACUCCAGUGCAUGCAAUUUACAUUUAAUGAAAUAAACACAAUCUGUCGCUCAGUUUCUCUGACUAAUAUUAAUGAUAAUAUCUCAACAUUAACAUCCUGACAAAAUAUAUUACACUGAGGCGAGCAGGCCUAGCAAAUCGCCCGAUUUUUAAGUAGAAUCUGCCCGACUACACAGACGGGGGCUACCACAUCCCGUCUCGCACGCUUAUGCCUUAUGGUCGUUCCUUCACUUCUACCCUCCAUUGGAGAUCGAGAAGCGAAGAGAAGUCACGAUAACAGGCUGCAAGAGAAAUGCAGUGUUUGCAUUGGGCGACCAGUCUUUGACCUCUGUUCUGAAUGUACAGUAGAUAGUCAUGCAUACUUUGUUAUAAGCAAUGCAUAGCCUAUCGAAGGGGAGAUGGCUGUGAAACUCAUUAGAAUAACAAUAUAACUCCGUUAUCUAUGUUAGUCAACGUUUAUUCAUAAAUCUGGACCUUCACCGUCACGUGCGUAUUGUGUUUUUGCCCAACUAACCAAUAGCAAUGUUUUAGGAAAGUUACCUAUCCGUGACUCGAACAAUAGGGUAAUUGGAAUCACUAUUAAUUGGUGGAUUGGGCAAAAAUACAAUACACACGUGACGGUGAAGAACUAGAUUAUGAAUAAACGUUGACUAACAUAGAUAAUGAGUUAUAUUGUUAUUCUAAUGCGUUUCGCAGCCAUCUCCCCUUCGAUAGGCUAUGUUAUAAGUAAAUAUCAACAUUUUGGCAUCUAACUCGAUUGAAUAAUAGUUGAAAGGUUUUGUAGAUGGAAAUUAUCGAGUGUAAUUACAUAGACCUAACCAAGAGCAGAUGUGAAAAAUGCAACGUAGUUACGUACUAUAGGCCCCGCACUCUAACCAAGAGCAGAUGUGAAAAAUGCAACGUAGUUACGUAGUAUAGGCCCCGCGCUCUAACCAGUUGUGCUACAAAGUCCAGUUGUCGAGCUCUUACACAUAACCUAGCAUGGCAGUAUCCUAGUAUACAGCUAUUUCAAUUAAGGUUGUCCACGAGCAAAGCGGAAAAGUCGAAUACGAGCUCGAAAGGCUGCUGGGAAUCGCUAAUUAACAAAUUGACGAAUUUUCAAAGCGGUUCCCAGCAGCCUUUCGCGCUCGUAUUCGACUUUUCCGCUUUGCUCGUGGACAACCUUAAUUGAAAUAGCUGUAUAUAUACAUGAACUUGUGGUUAGAUUUCGACAACUGGACUCUGUAGCUCAGUUGGUUAGAGAGUGGUACCGGAAUCGCAGGGCUGCAGGUUCAAUUCCUGCCAAGGACCUAUAGUUAGGUUGCAUUUUUCGCAUCUGUUCCUGGUUAGGUCUAAUAAAGGUCUAUAAAUUUACACUCGAUAAUUUCCAUCUACAAAACCCAAAAGCUUUCCAGCUUCAAAAAGGCAAACUUGUAGUAGUACAUUAUAAAAGUAGUAUUUACCGUAACGUAAAUAGAUUAUAUUUUAUUUAAUAUCCCGUAUAGUUAAACGGAACAAGGUAAGUUCAAAUAAAAUGGAGAUAAACCAUUAAAGCCAGUUCAAACUGACCCAACAUUUUGACCCAAUAGGCAGUACCAUCCGGCCAACAAUUUUAAUUUCAAACGUUUUAUCCUGUUUCCUUGGUAAAUAUUUGAAAUCUUAUCAAAUUUAAAGUAAGCAGUUAAACAAAAUAUUUCAACAUUGUUGUAGGGAAUUGUAGGGUGUUUCGAAAACGAGCCUGCGCACUAUGUAUGGGGUGGUUGAACUAAGGCUAUUUAGUUUACCAGAGUUUACUCAUACCAAAUUGCGGAGACGAAAUAUCUUCAUUCAUGAAAGAAUACCCAUGCAUCUUUUAUUUGAAUUAAAAGCUUUGCCGUUGACUGCGGUUUAACCUUAGGUUUCUAUUUUUAUUGCUCAAAGUUAGUUUCCAUAACUGUUUUUUUGCCAGAAUUUAUCGGAACAUUUUCGCGACACACAGCGUACAGCUUAUUCUCGCGAAAACAAUUUAAAUAAAUAUUUUAUGGUCUUUGUUUUCGUAAUAUGAAAACGAACGCCCGUCUUUGUUUUCGCGGAAAUACAAAAACCAAGAUGGAUCUUUGUUUUGGUAAUACGAAAACCGGGAAGACCUGUCUCUGUUUUCGUAAUAGAGAGACUCAGAUUGGACGUCCUCUAUCGCUACCAUUCAAAGACCAAUAGACCAAUUUAACCAAUCAGAUACGUUUGAUAUAUUCGAUUAACCAGUCACAUGAGUACUGAGCCAGUGAGAGGUAGUGGUAGCAGUAGUGGAAGUAAAAUCUGAACCUCUAUAAUACGAAAAUGAAGACGGGUCUUUGUUUUCGUAAUUAUGAAAACGAAGACGCAUCUCAGGUCUUCGGUCUUCGUUUUCGAGAUACCCCAUUGUUGUAUGAUAUCGAGCCAAACCAGUGAGCUUCAUAUCAUAUCUGGAGUGAGAACUUCAGUCGUUCAAAAAGUGAAGCCAAGAUGGAGACCAUUGUCAUUGACGUCCAAUAGCUCUGGAGGUCGUAAACAGCUUUUAUACCAUUUUUCCCAACUAAUUCCAUUUUUUUCUAACGGACCGUAUCGCUAACCAAGUUAUCAGUUCACAAAAUCAUAGUGUUAUUCUUUAAGCUUAGCCGUAAAUGGCACUGUUUUGAAGGACUUCGAUCUUGCUGUCGCUAUUAACGAAUCCUUUUGCAGUGUUGCUGCUGACAUACCACAACUAAACUUUACUCCCAUACCUGUUUCCAACAUUCCUGAUGAGUACAUUAUUACCCGUGAUGCCGUAGAACUUGCUUUGGUGGCUGUCCAAGAUCGCAAGUCUGUAGGACCUGACGAGAUUCCCAAUUGGCUCUUGGAAACCUGCGCCACAACUAUUAGCAUCCCUGUGUGUUCCAUGUUUAACUCUUCUAUUAGAAAAGGUCGUGUCCCCGGGCUGUGGAAAUGUGCGGAUGUUCUCCCGUUGGGGAAGAUCUCUAGACCGAAGUCUAUUGAUACGGACCUUAGACCUAUAUCUCUAACUGCAUUGUUGAGCAAAAUUCUUGAGUCUUUUGUUUUCAACUGGCUUGCACCUAUUGUUAUGCCAUACAUCGACCCUUUCCAGUUUGGUAGUGUGAAAAAGUCUUCAACCACUCACGCCCUCGUGCAUUUAGUCCACUACUGGCUCUCUGCCCUGGAAACGCCUAACACCAUUAUCCGAACCUGCUUCAUCGAUUUUUCCAAAGCGUUUGAUCGAAUUGAUCAUAACAUUCUGAUGCGCAAGUUACAGCUUCUCAAUGUUCCAGCGGUCCUAUUAAACUGGUGUUCAUGUUUUCUUCAAGGCAGACAACAGCGCGUCAAAUUAAAAACUUGUAAAUCUGAUUGGAAAGAAAUAAAAGCUGGAGUUCCGCAAGGUACCAAACUUGGUCCUCUGUUCUUUCUUAUAAUGGUCAAUGAUCUGUCCAGCGAAUUGCCUUUGUACAAGUAUGUUGACGAUUGUGCAAUCUCUGAAGUCGUUAGAGUAUGUGAACCGGAUCUACCAAAAUUACAGCAAGAACUUGACAACGUGACCCAGUGGUCAAGUGCGAAAAACAUGAAGUUGAACGUUAAAAAAACUAAAGAUUUCACCGUGUCAUUUUUGAUCAAUCAACCCUUGGCGCAACCCUUGAUUGUCAAUAACCAACCCCUGGAGGCUGUUAAUACCAUCAAGCUCCUGGGGGUAAAUUUGACCUCCGAUCUUAAGUGGACUACACACAUCAGGCACAUAUCCUCCAAAGCAAGCAAACGUCUGUACGCUUUAAGGAUAUUAAGAAGAAAUGGUGUCCAACCGAGUGA